UUGAUUUGUUGCUAAUGAGCUCAGCUAAAUUACCAUAAGUAUUUGGGCAAGCUGAGAUCAUUCUAAUUUGGACACUAAAAGCGUGAAAAUGUUGCAGUUGCGUAGUGCUUUGAGUUUCGCUAUAUUUUCCCUCACUUUGCUAUCAAUUGGAAUAAAUCCUAGUGAAGGAGAGCGACGCGUUGACUUUGUAGGCACUAACUACACUUUCAAUCCGGCUUACUUUACGAGUUUUUCGAUCACAAUUGUGAAUAAAAGCAUAAGCAUGGACAUGGUAUUGCUGAAGCCCAUUCUGCGUGGCUUCAAGGUGCACAUCGACUAUCAGCUGCGCAUGGCCAAUGCCAAGAGCUAUCAAUCGAUCUUCAGUCGCCACGUCGAUGUCUGUGCCAUGGUCAGCACUGUUAAAGAUGGUCUGCUCAAGAGCUGGUUCAAGAGCAUGGCCAGCCACGGCAACUUCAUGGCCAACUGUCCAGUUGAGGUAGGUCAUUACUAUCUGCACAAUUGGCGCAUGGGAUCAUCGAUGAUGCAUCAGUUUCUAUACCCGGGAGAGUAUCGCAGUCGCGUGAACUUCUUCUAUGGCAAAUAUAAGACCAAGACCGAAGACCGUGUGCUCUCCAUUGUAAUGGAAUCGCUUAUAUCAAACUGAGAUAGCAGGUGGAGAAUAAUAACAACUUCUUCUGCUUCACCUUUUGUAAACUUAAUAAAGGUUCAUAUCAGCGAACGGCUCAAGCAUAAUCGAUGCGAUGAUGUUGACAUUUCCUUCAAGUGUGCAACAUAUUCAUUAUAGCGCACAUUUUAUAUUAUGCCGUACCCGGGCAGAGGGCAGAGCAAAUGGAUGAAGCUAGCAGCUUCUUGAGAUAUAAUAAUAUCCUGUACAUGGCUUGCAACAUGUGGCAUGCUGUUGAUUAUCGAUGGCGCACAUUCUGCGCUGCAGUCAAGAGAGAAAAAGCGUACAAUGAAAUCGAAAAUGGAACAUUCAAUUUAG